AUGACGGAAGAUGUGGGUUAUGAAGUUGCGAAUCAGCUGGAAAGUCUGACGGCGCAGUCCCCGGCUGUUCAAGAUACAUCCAAUGCAUCAGCUUCUCAGAAUUCUCUGUUUGAUGAACCGGAAGAAGCUGACAAAAGAAUCCCGACUUCAAAUGAAUCAGAUCUAACCGACAUCGACGAUUUGGCUCUGCAAGAUGUAACAGAUAGUUUCUUUGUGACCCAGUCAGGUUUGGCCGAAAUUCCUUUCGUCAAUCCCAUUGCACCGCGCGUCAGUUACCAAGUCUCUGCGUCGGGCGAAGUGAUGAUUAUUGAAGACACCAAAACUCCCAAACCAAACGCUCCUGCCCCAGUACCGCGGCCGAGUCCUCCUUCUGCAUUCUUAUCAUUUGAUCGGCUCGCUCAUGGAUUACCGCCAAAGGCAGCCUCGUCGCCUACUACAACUUUAACUCCUCCGUCACUCGCAGUAGAGUGCAUCGUGGGCCCAAAGCAGCCGAUCCCGGCGCAGAUCCUCGAGCUUCUUGAGGAGUGGCAUGAGGAAUCUCCUUACAUCGAGCAUCCUUCGGCUUUGACUGGCCGUGCUCCAUCAACAUGGAAAAACUUCCAAACAUUCAGUGAUGAUGGCGAUGAAUGCGAGCUAUCACUCUUCCAAAUCUCAGUAAAAGGUCAGGCCCGACGCACCAUAACAUAUCGCAUUGUAAUCCUUCAUGCACAAAAUGGACCGGAAGAGCUUGUUGUGUAUGGACAACCCCGGCCGAAUUUCAGGGGCCUCUUGACGAAGGGUACCAAGGGAUUGUAUCUUUUAGAUUGGAUUGAACUCGAGAGAAAAGGGGAAGUUCAGGCUUGCGGGCUAAAAUUGUGGAGGACAGACGAGAAGAAGAUUUCAUUCAGUGCAUCCAUGUUUGAUGACGCACGCAAGUGCACUCGGCUCCCCGGUCCCAACGACAUUUUCAACACUCGUCUGCCAAAUUCUACUCCAAAAAAGCAUACCGACGCAAAUGAGGAUUACGAGGAUGCUGGGUCCAUCUCAUCUGAGGCCCCCUUUUCUCCCUCAAGAUCUAGACGUCAAGCUUCGACAAACAGUUUUGCCACAGCUGAGAAUAGAAAUAAGGAGAGGGCUGCAACUGCAUCACGCCCGUCGUGGUACAAGACCAUUUCACCCGUCCCCACUUUUGAUAGUCGCGAUGAACUCCGUUCUCUUGAGAGUCCUUGGAAGCCGCAAAAGAGACGCCGUAGCACCUGGAGCUCCAACGAGGAAGCAUCUGCACCUAUGUGCUACAAGCUACUGUCAGACGCAUCAGACCAGGUCCGCGUUUUCAAGACAGAUGACGCGAAGGUUCUGUUUGAAAAGGCCCGCGAGUUUUACAAGGGCAUGGACAAGCGUUCAGGACUACUUUUCACAGUCUCUGGUGUUGAAGGAGUCUGA